AGUACUGGGGAUUGAACUCAAGGCUUCACACAUGCUAGGUCAGUGCUCUAGCACUGAGCCAACAUCUCUAGCCCCUCUCAGGGAAUAUCUUUAAAAGUCAUUGCCCCAAGUUCUUUUGCCCAUUAGUACUUUUCCCUUUCCUUCCAUAUGUGAAUUUUUAUUUAAAUAAUGUUUAUUUAUAACUGUAUCCCUGUUUUAAGCAAAACGUAUUAGGAAAAUUUAUUUUACAAACAAAACAAAUCAUUCUGUUUAAUAGAGUGGUGACCUGAAAUUUAUUUCUGUAGCAGUGAAUUUUCCUGAUGUAUUUUUUAAAACCUACAGCUCUCAGUUGAUACAUAUGGAUAAAAUCUUUUUCAUAGAAUAUACUGUGAACAACCUGGUCAUCUGCCAUUGAGCUGUUUGACUAAACGUUGCUAUGGAGAUUUAGCACAUGAUCAGAAUCAUUGUGUUUAUGAUUCUCUGUUCAUUAGAAAUUGGUUUUGUAUUUAAGGCACUUAUAAUCUCCUUUGUAUUAAUUUGUGUAGUAGCAUCCAUUUCCUUCCUACCCUUUCAUAUUUCAUUGUGAGCUACUUCUCUUUUCUGCAUAACACUUAGCAUAAUGCCUUAUUAAUAACAGUAACUUCAUUUGUAUUUAAAAUAUGAAGAAAGCAACUAAGCGCACAUAUGUAGAGGUAAGGCAAAAUGGUACUAGGUUCUUGUACUUGAAUUCUUAUUUUCUACUCUAGGUACCAAAGGUGCAACAAAACAGGACAGAGUCUCUGCCUUUGUUAAGGUCACAUUCUAGUGAGGAUAGCUAUUAUCAUGGCAAGUGAAAGUCAUGAAGGAAAAAAAAGCUGAGAUGAAAGGUAAUAUAGGUGCAGGACUGCUACUUUAGAGAGUAAUUAGGGAAGGUCUCAAUGUCCAGGCCUGGUUCGUUUUCUAUAAUUUAAAAAUAUAAAUAAAGUAUUAUUUAUUUACCAAACAUGUUCUGAAUACUUGCUAGGUAUAAGCAAUGGGGCUUGAUUUUGCAAGGGAUCAUAAUAGGGAACAGAAAUGUUAUCUAUAUUUCAAGACAUUUCACUGUCUACUUACCCAGAAGAUUACAAGCUCUCUGAAAACAAGGGCCAAGUCUUUUGGUCUGUCUGUAUCAGUAGUACUCAUAAUAGUGUUUGCUGAAGGGGUAAAGUGGACCUUUUUGUUUUUCUCUGUAGUCACAUGACAUGUGGAAGUCAUUGAGAUGCUGUUGCUAGGAUAACCUCACUGUAUUACGUAACAGUUCAGGUUAUUUCUUUGGCUAGAGCAGAGUCUAGAGAGCAGUGGAGGCCAGAAGGAAAGGUUUAUUCCAGAGCAAAUGAAAAAGAGCCUUGCUGUUGGUGGUUAGCUAAAGUGAGGAUGAUAAAGGGUGAGUUUUAUGUGAUAGAAUAUGCAGCAUGUGAUGCUACAUACAAUGAAAUUGUCACGAUUGAGCGUCUACGAUCGGUUAAUCCAAACAAACCUGCUACAAAAGAUACUUUCCAUAAGAUCAAACUUGAGGUGCCAGAAGACUUAAGACAAAUGUGUGCCAAAGAAUCGGCACAUAAGGACUUUAAAAAGGCAGUUGGUGCCUUCUCUGUAACUUAUGAUCCAGAAAAUUAUCAGCUUGUCAUUUUGUCCAUCAAUGAAGUCACUUCAAAGCGAGCACAUAUGUUGAUUGACAUGCACUUUCGAAGUCUGCGCACUAAGUUGUCUCUGAUACUAAGAAAUGAAGAAGCUAGUAAGCAGCUGGAGAGUUCAAGGCAGCUUGCCUCAAGGUUUCAUGAACAGUUUAUUGUACGAGAAGAUCUGAUGGGUCUAGCUAUUGGUACUCAUGGUGCUAAUAUUCAGCAAGCAAGAAAAGUACCUGGGGUCACUGCUAUUGAUCUAGAUGAAGAUACCUGCACGUUUCAUAUUUAUGGAGAGGAUCAGGAUGCAGUGAAAAAGGCUAGAAGCUUUCUUGAAUUUGCUGAAGAUGUCAUACAAGUUCCAAGAAACUUAGUAGGUAAAGUAAUAGGAAAAAAUGGAAAACUGAUUCAGGAGAUUGUGGACAAGUCAGGAGUUGUGAGGGUGAGAAUUGAGGCCGAAAAUGAGAAAAAUGUCCCACAGGAAGAGGAAAUUAUGCCACCAAAUUCCCUACCUUCCAAUAAUUCAAGGGUUGGACCUAAUCCCUCUGAAGAAAAAAAACAUUUAGAUAUAAAGGAAAACAGCACCCAUUUUACUCAACCAAACAGUACAAAAGUCCAGAGGGGUAUGGUACCAUUUGUUUUUGUGGGAACAAAGGAUAGCAUAGCUAAUGCCACUGUUCUCUUGGAUUAUCACCUGAACUACUUAAAGGAAGUAGACCAGUUGCGUUUGGAGAGAUUACAAAUUGAUGAGCAGUUGCGACAGAUUGGAGCUAGUUCUAGACCACCACCAAAUCGUACAGAUAAGGAAAAAGGCUAUGUGACUGAGGAUGGUCAAGGAAUGGGUCGAGGUAGUAGACCUUACAGAAAUAGGGGGCACGGCAGACGCGGUCCUGGAUAUACUUCAGGAACUAAUUCUGAAGCAUCAAAUGCUUCUGAAACAGAAUCUGACCACAGAGACGAACUCAGUGAUUGGUCAUUAGCUCCAACAGAGGAAGAGAGGGAGAACUUUCUGCGCAGAGGAGACGGACGGCGGCGUGGAGGGGGAGGAAGAGGACAGGGAGGAAGAGGACGAGGCGGAGGCUUCAAAGGAAACGACGAUCACUCCCGAACAGAUAAUCGCCCACGUAAUCCAAGAGAGGCAAAAGGAAGAACAGCUGAUGGAUCCCUUCAGAUCAGAGUUGACUGCAAUAAUGAAAGGAGUGUCCACACUAAAACAUUACAGAAUACCUCCAGCGAAGGUAAUCGGCUGCGCACGGGUAAAGAUCGAAACCAGAAGAAGGAAAAGCCAGACAGCGUGGAUGGUCAACAACCACUCGUGAAUGGAGUACCCUAAACUGCAUAAUUCUGAAGUUAUAUUUCCUAUACCGUUUCCGUAAUUCUUAUUCCAUAUUAGAAAACUUUGUUAGGCCAAAGACAAAUAGUAGGCAAGAUGGCACAGGGCAUGAAAUGAACACAAAUUCUGCUGAGAAUUUUAUUUUAUUUUUUGUAUUGGCCAUAAGCAACAAUUUUUCAGAUUUGCACAAAAAGGAUCUUAAAAUUUGAAACAUUGCUUUUAAGUAUACUUAGCACUUCAGGGCAGGAUUUUAGUUUUAUUUUUUAAAGUACUAAGCAAUGAUAAUAUUUAUUAAUUUGGACCAUUUUCCUGCAUUGGGUGAUAACUCACCAGUUCAUUUCAGUCUUUCUGAAUAAAUAGCAUUUAUGGUAAUCAUACUGGACUUCUGUUUUCAAUCUCAUUUAGGAGUCUAUGAAAUGCUAUGUCAUUUCAUGUCCUGUGUCAGUUUAUGUUUUGGUCCACUUUUCCAGUAUUUUUGUGGACCCUGAAAUACGUGUGAUGUGACAUUUGUCAUUUUCAUUAGCAAAAAAAAAAAAGUUGUAUGAUCUGUGCCUUUUUUAUAUCUUGGCAGGUAGGAAUAUUAUAUUUGGAUGCAGAGUUCAGGGAAGAUAAGUUGGAAACACUAAAUGUUAAAGAUGUAGCAAACCCUGUCAAACAUUAGUACUUUAUAGAAGAAUGCAUGCUUUCCAUAUUUUUUUCCUUACAUAAACAUCAGGUUAGGCAGUAUAAAGAAUAGGACUUGUUUUUGUUUUUGUUUUGUUGCACUGAAGUUUGACAAAUAGUGUUAUUGAAAGGGAUGUGUAAUUUUUCUGUAUAGACAGGAGAAGAAAUAACUAUCUUUUCAUUUGAGAGAGGCUAAAAUGUUUUCAGCUAGGAACAAAUCUUCCUGGUCGAAAGUUAGUAGGAUAUGCCUGCUCUUUGGCCUGAUGACCAAUUUUAACUCAGAACUUUUUUUAUUUUGUCCUCCCUAAGUUUUGUGAAGUUUUUUCACAUUUUAAGUUCCGGCUUAUUUGGGGGAGAUAGGAAGGUCAUUUUCAUGUACACACAAUAAUCCUGCAAAGUACAGGUACUUUGUCUAAGAAACAUUGGAAGCAGGUUAAAUGUUUUGUAAACUUUGAGAUAUAAGGUCUGAUGUAUAAGCAGAAUUGAAAAGCAGACUAGGAUUGGUUAGCAAAUAAUACAUUUUUUUCCUUUUUUGGAUGUGUUGGAUUUUGUUUUUGUUUUUGAGUCUUUCUUUUUUAAAUGAAUGAAAUUUACUGAGGAAAAAUAUGUGAAGGACCUUCACUCUAAGAUGUUAUAUUUUUCUUAAAAAAUAACUCCGAGUAGGGGUACCACUGAAUCUGUACAGAGCCGUACAAACCGAAGUUCUGCCUCUGAUGUAUUUUGUGAGUUUGUUUCUUUGAGUUUUCAUUUUUGUUACUUUUCCUUGCAUACAAAUAAGCAUAUAAAAAUGGCGACAAACUGCACAUGAUUUCACAAAUAUUAAAGUCUUUUAAAAAGUAUUGCCAAACAUUAAUGUUGAUUUCUAGUUAUUUAUUCUGGGAAUGUAUAGUAUUUGCAAACAGAAAUUGGUACCUUGCACACAUCAUCUGUAAGCUGUUUGGUUUAAAAUACUGUAGAUAAUUAACCAAGGUAGAAUGACCUUGUAAUGUAACUGCUCUUGGGCAAUAUUCUCUGUACAUAUUAGCGACAACAGAUUGGAUUUUAUGUUGACAUUUGUUUGGUUAUAGUGCAAUAUAUUUUGUAUGCAAGCAGUUUCAAUAAAGUUUGAUCUUCCUCUGCUAAAUUGAUGUUGAUGCAAUCCUUACAAAUGAUUGCUUUUAAAAUUUUAAGAUAGGAAAAGAAAUCUAUAGAAAGUGUUCUGUUACAAAAUGUAACUGUUGCCAUUGGAAAUUUCACAUGUCAUAGGAAGUUAGCCGUUAUCUACCAACUUUCAAGAACUUACUAUUGUUUAAUAAAGUGAAAAAAAUCAGCAAAAUGGUACAAAACACAAUGUACCGUUACAAUAUGCACUAAGUCUCUUUUUUACAAAGGCUGAAUUCAGCAAGGCGCUAACUUGCUUAAAUGUGAAUUACUAACUUCUAAAACUGUAAUUUGAUUCACAUGUUUUCAAAUGGAGUUGGAGUUGAUUCAUAUUACAAUAUUUGUGUGCUAAAUGUGUAUGUUUUUCAGUUUGAAGUCAUGAUGUUUUUAAAAUCUUAUUAAAGUUUCAAAACUCUGAAGAUUGUUUAUCUAGAUGUAAAUUUUUAUUAAAAAGUUGCACUUAUGAAAAAGCAAAAAUAUAGUCUGACAGAUGUUUGCUCUGGUUUUAAAUUUCUAUAAACCUAAAAAAUAUUUAUGUCGGGGGUAUUUAUCAUGUAAAGCAAAUGUGUGAUUGCAAUUCAUCUUUUAGGUGUCCUUAAAAGGCAAAAAUGAAGAUACUUGAAAAUUCUCCAUGUUCUCAGUUAUAUAAUUUAAAUACAUCUUAUAGGAUGCUACUAAACAAUAUUAAAUACAUACUCCUACCUGUGCACCCAUAAUGAUAUCCUCCCUUUAGAAAAUAUUAUUUCAGUAUAGUUUUAAAAUAUUUUGAUAUCAAUGUCUUAGUAAUAGAAUUUAGGUAGAAUGUAUCUAGGAAUUAGCUAUUGUGGUCACUUCAAGAAACUCCAGCAAGGUUAUAGCCUUAAAAGAGGUACAAUUGAGAGUUGACAGUAUUACCAUUCCAUCUGCUAUUGGGAAUCCAGAGUGAUGCUAGACAAAUAUCCUAUAUUGAUGUUUUUGUUUAUUUCUGGGGGAGAGGGUAUGCCCCUUUGUUUUCUGCUUUUCAAAUUUCCUCUGUGGUACUUUUCUGGUUUUCUGAUGUUGAUUUUGCCUUGCAGGGCACAGUCCGUCUCUAAAGGAGUAGGUAGAAAUGCCUUAAGUAACUUAUUUCAUAGUAGCUUUCAGCCCUACAAAGGAAAAGCCUGUUGGCAGCCACUGGCUUGACACUCAACUUGGCUGACUUAGAAGCACUUCUGUCAUCUGAUCAUGAUCUUAGAGCUCCUGGUGGUUUUGACUGUAGUGGCUUUUAGAGUCCAUACACUGAUUCUAAUUUCUAUUGAACCAGUUUGUCACAUGGCCAUAAAUGGCAUUUCCCAUGUAAACCUCAGAUUCUUCUGAUAACCAGCUAUUCUGAAAUAUUCAUUACCAGAUGCUAGUCUUGAUUGCUCAGAAGGCACAACUGUUGCCAGGAUUUAAAUCUUGAGCAUCUUUUUCUCAGUGUAUUUUUUCGAGCUUUUUUCUCUCAGAAUUUUUCACAAAGAAACCAAGAAAAUCCUUUUUUAAAAUAUUUUUUUUAGUUGUAUAUGAACACAAUACUUCUUUUAUUUAUGAGGUGCUGAGGAUCAAGCCAAGUGCCCCACACAUGAAAGACAAGCACUCUACAACUAAGCCACAACCCCAGGUCCCACCGCAUCCCAUCCCACCUGUCCGCUCUUAUUUUAAUGCUAAGGAGUUUUAUGUUACUGGGAAGGCAUGAAAAGACUUUGAAAAUUGUACUUGCUAAAUGAUUAAAGACAAAGCUUCAAAUUUGA